AUGACUAUAGCUACCACUUUAAUAAGUUCUAAUCUUCCAGUUUUAUCAGAUACUGUAUUCCCUGGAAUUACCACUUUAAGUAAUUGCUGGUAUGAUUCCAUUAUUACACUCAAAUAUUACAGGUGUGUAGAUGUGACUGGAGCUUACAGUGCUCAAAGUGCUCAAAAGACAGAGCUUAACAUAAGCUUGACGACAAUAGGCCUUUUGUGGACUACAACUGACUUUAUUGCAAAAGGGAUUACACAUGGACCUGUGGAAGAAAGGGAAACAAAUGGGCACUCUGUUUCAGAGCAAAUGGAUGGUCAAAAACCAAAAGAAAAAUCACUCAAUGUUUUGGACCAAGCUUCCUUUGUUAAACAUGACAAGUUGCUUUUCUCAGUUUUCUCAUUUAAAUUUUGUUGUAGCUAAGCAAAUGGACUCACAACAAAGACAAGUGCACAAAGGAUGAUGAAUUGAAGGAAGGAGCAAGUUUCAUGCAUGAUUUACUUUUGUGUAUCUUGUAAUGUUUCCAUUUUUCAUUUUUGAAGUAAAAAAUGUUCAAGAUUAUAAAACUUUAUUAUGUUAUGCUUUCAAACUUAAGUUAGAACUAAGAUCUCAUGAAGUAGACACAUUCAUGGUUUGAAUUAGUUAUUGUUUAAUGUAAUGUUUAUCAAUCUUUUGAGAAUUACAUUUUAUGAUUAA